AUGGCUCGGGGUGGGGCGGGGGCAGAGGAGGCCUCCCUCCGCUCAAACGCGUUGUCCUGGCUGGCCUGCGGGCUCCUGGCACUGCUGGCCAACGCCUGGAUCAUCCUCAGCAUCUCGGCCAAGCAGCAAAAGCACAAGCCGCUGGAGCUGCUGCUCUGCUUCCUGGCGGGCACGCACAUCCUCAUGGCGGCCGUGCCCCUCACCACCUUCGCUGUGGUGCAGCUCCGGCGCCAGGCCUCCUCCGACUAUGACUGGAACGAGAGCAUCUGCAAGGUGUUCGUGUCCACCUACUACACGCUGGCCCUGGCCACCUGCUUCACCGUCGCCUCGCUCUCCUACCACCGCAUGUGGAUGGUGCGUUGGCCCGUCAACUACCGCCUCAGCAACGCCAAGAAGCAGGCGCUGCACGCUGUCAUGGGCAUCUGGAUGGUCAGCUUCAUCCUCUCCACACUGCCCUCCAUUGGCUGGCACAACAACGGCGAGCGCUACUACGCCCGCGGCUGCCAGUUCAUAGUCUCCAAGAUUGGCCUCGGCUUUGGCGUCUGCUUCAGCCUCUUGCUACUUGGGGGCAUUGUCAUGGGGCUGGUCUGUGUGGCCAUCACCUUCUACCAGACGCUGUGGGCCCGGCCCCGGAGGGCUCAACAGGCGCGGAGAGUGGGGGCUGGGGGUGGGGCCAAGGGGGGUGGGCCAGGGGUGUUGGGCACCCGGCCAGCCUUUGAGGUGCCGGCCAUUGUGGUGGAGGAUGCCCGAGGGAAGCGGCGGUCCUCGCUGGAUGGGUCCGAGUCGGCCAAGACAUCCCUGCAGGUCACCAACUUGGUCAGCGCCAUCGUCUUUCUCUAUGACUCACUCACAGGGGUGCCCAUCUUGGUGGUGAGCUUCUUCUCCCUGAAGUCGGACUCGGCUCCCCCCUGGAUGGUGCUGGCUGUGCUGUGGUGCUCCAUGGCACAGACGCUGCUGCUGCCUUCCUUCAUCUGGUCCUGCGAGCGCUACCGCGCCGACGUGCGCACGGUGUGGGAGCAGUGCGUCGCUAUCAUGUCCGAGGAGGAUGGCGACGACGAUGGGGGCUGUGAUGACUAUGCAGAUGGCCGAGUGUGCAAAGUUCGCUUUGAUGCCAAUGGGGCCACAGGACCAGGGGGCAGGGACCCUACCCAAGUGAAGCUGCUGCCUGGAAGGCACAUGCUCUUUCCCCCUCUUGAGAGGGUCCACUACUUACAGGUCCCUCUGUCCCGCCGCCUGUCCCAUGAUGAGACCAACAUCUUCCCUACUCCUCGGGCACCUGGCUCCUUCCUGCACAAGUGGUCAUCCUCUGAUGACAUCCGGGUCCUCCCAGCCCAGAGCCGGGCCCUAGGGGGCCCGCCUGAGUACCUGGGACAAAGACAAAGGCUGGAGGAUGAGGAGGAGGAGGAGGAGGCUGAAGGUGGGGGGCUGGCCAGCCUUCGCCAAUUCCUGGAGGGCGGGGUUCUGGGGUCAGGUGGGGGACCCCCACGGGGUCCAGGCUUCUUCCGAGAGGAGAUCACCACCUUCAUUGACGAGACACCUUUGCCAUCUCCGACGGCCUCACCAGGGCCCUCUCCUCGCCGGCCCAGGCCGCUGGGAGUCUCACCCCGCCGACUCUCCCUUGGGUCCCCUGAUAGCAGAGUCGUUGGACUUCCUUUGGGGCUAAGUGCAGGGCGACGCUGCUCCCUGACAGGAGGUGAGGGGAGUGCAAGAGCUUGGGGAGGAUCUUGGGACCCAGGUAACCCCAUCUUCCCCCAGCUGACCCUGUGAGCCCGAGUGGGCCUGCUGGACUUGGGUGGG